CCUUCGCAAGGUGACCGAAGAAGUAACGAAGCUAGUCUGAAUCCCAUUUUCUGAACACUAAUCUCAAAGAGUGGUCCGCGUUCGCACUUGCAAUUCGUGAAGCAAUUGUGUUUGUGGAGUGUACUACCAUCAUUAUUAGUUGCUAACGAAUUAAAAUCUUGCAAAGUUCUUACAAUGUCGAAGCCACAGUCAGACGUCGAUAAGAGGAAACAAAUCAGCGUACGCGGUAUAGCCCAGCUGGAAGAUGUGAACGAGAUCAAGAAGGAUUUCAAUCGGCAUCUCCACUACACUUUGGUAAAGGACAGAAACGUAGCCACCGUGCGUGAUUAUUACUUUGCCCUAGCCCAUACUGUGAAGGAUCAUCUGGUAUCAAGAUGGAUCAGAACGCAGCAAUACUACUACGAGAAGGAUCCCAAACGUGUGUACUAUUUGUCCUUGGAGUAUUACAUGGGUCGAUCACUGCAAAACACCAUGAUAAAUCUUGGAAUACAAACGGCGUGCGAUGAAGCAAUGUAUCAGCUUGGUCUGGACAUCGAGGAACUCGAGGAGCUGGAGGAGGAUGCCGGCUUGGGCAAUGGGGGAUUGGGAAGAUUGGCGGCCUGCUUCCUCGACUCGAUGGCAACCCUAGGCAUGCCUGCCUAUGGAUACGGCAUCCGAUACGAGUAUGGUAUUUUCGCACAGAAGAUCCGUAAUGGGGAACAGGUAGAGGAACCGGACGAUUGGCUUCGUUACGGUAAUCCGUGGGAAAAGGCACGACCGGAAUACAUGAUCCCGAUUCAUUUCUAUGGCCGCGUUAUCGACACUCCUGAGGGUAAAAAAUGGGUCGACACGCAGACCGUUUUCGCGAUGCCAUAUGAUAACCCUGUGCCUGGUUAUGGCAACAAUGUAGUCAACACCUUGCGAUUGUGGUCUGCGAAAUCGCCGAUUGAUUUCAAUCUAAAAUUCUUCAAUGAUGGCGAUUACAUUCAAGCCGUACUGGAUCGAAAUCUGGCUGAGAAUAUUUCUCGCGUGCUGUAUCCGAACGAUAAUUUCUUUGAAGGAAAGGAAUUGCGCUUGAAACAGGAGUACUUUAUGUGCGCUGCCACGCUGCAGGACAUUGUACGUCGUUACAAGGCAUCGAAAUUUGGAUCGCGUGAUGCCGUUCGAACGUCGUUUGAGGAUUUCCCGAACAAGGUCGCUAUACAACUGAACGAUACGCAUCCUUCGCUAGCAAUUCCCGAAUUAAUGCGUAUUUUGAUUGACGAUGAAAAGCUUAGCUGGGAGAAGGCAUGGGACAUUGUGGUGCGUACCUGCGCCUACACUAACCACACCGUUCUCCCGGAGGCACUGGAGCGCUGGCCUGUUUCGAUGCUACAAUCCAUUUUGCCGCGUCACUUGGAAAUCAUCUAUCACAUAAACUUUUUGCAUUUACAAGAAGUUGAGAAGCGUUUCCCUGGAGAUUUUGGCCGCAUGAGAGCGCUAUCGCUGGUCGAGGAGGAUGGAGAAAAGCGAAUCAACAUGGCAAACCUUUCGAUUGUCGGUUCACACGCCGUGAACGGUGUGGCAGCAAUCCACUCCGAAAUCAUUAAGAAGGACAUCUUCAAAAGCUUCUACGAGAUGACUCCGGAAAAGUUCCAAAACAAAACAAAUGGAAUUACGCCUCGGCGCUGGCUAUUGCUGUGCAAUCCUGGCCUGUCCGAUUUGAUCGCGGAGAAGAUAGGGGACGAGUGGCCAGUUCAUCUAGAACAGCUACAGGAACUGAAAAAGUGGUCGAAAGAUCCUACAUUCCAGCGGGCCGUAGCGCGUGUAAAGCAGGAAAACAAGCUGAAGCUGUCGCAGCUUUUGGAAAAGGAUUACGGCGUGAAGGUUAAUCCAGCUUCCAUGUUUGACAUUCAAGUCAAACGCAUCCACGAAUACAAACGCCAGCUGCUCAAUUGUUUGCACAUCAUUACGCUCUACAAUCGCAUCAAACGCGAUCCGACGGCAAACUUUACGCCACGCACCAUCAUGAUCGGUGGAAAAGCUGCGCCUGGAUACUACAUUGCAAAACAAAUCAUUAAGCUCAUUUGUGCGGUUGGUAAUGUGGUCAACAACGAUCCGAUCGUCGGCGACAAAUUGAAGGUGAUUUUCUUGGAAAACUAUAGAGUAACGCUGGCCGAAAAGAUUAUGCCUGCUGCUGAUCUGUCGGAGCAAAUUUCUACCGCUGGAACGGAAGCCUCUGGUACUGGCAACAUGAAAUUCCAGCUUAAUGGGGCGCUGACUAUUGGUACUUUGGACGGUGCCAAUGUGGAGAUGGCUGAGGAAAUGGGAAAUGAGAACAUUUUCAUCUUUGGAAUGACUGUUGAGGAGGUCGAGGAUCUAAAGUGCCGUGGAUACAAUGCGUACGAUUACUACAAUUCCAAUCCCGACAUCAAACAAUGCGUCGAUCAGAUUCAGGGCGGUUUCUUCAGCCCAGGCAAUCCCCAAGAGUUCCAAGAUUUAGCCAAUGUACUGUUGAAGUAUGACCGCUACUACUUGUUUGCCGAUUUCGAAUCCUACAUCAAAACACAAGAUCGCGUUUCGGCCGUAUAUCAGAACCAAUCGAAAUGGUUGGAGAUGUCGAUCAACAACAUCGCUACCAGUGGCAAAUUUUCUAGCGAUCGUACCAUCGCCGAAUAUGGGCGACAAAUCUGGGGCAUAGAACCGAGCUGGGAAAAGCUGCCGAAUCCGGGAGUUGCAAAGUAGA